AUCCUGGAAGCAUAGGGUGUGGGACUGGGUGCACCCUGGACAAGGUGCCAGUCCACUGCAGUGCAAUCUCACACACGAAAGGCAACCGAGAGCGACUGCCACUGGGGAAGGAAACCAGAGCACCUGGAAGAAAGCCAGACAAACUCCCUGAGGGCAUGAAAACUGCACGCAACGAGUCGGGAUUGAGAGAUUUGACCAGGCACUGUGAGGCACCAGCGCUACCUGCUGUGCCGCUAAUCUGCCCAGGAGAGGAGGGCUCAGAGUCCCACGGGGACACAGCGGCCAGCGAGGUCAGUCGGGGGCGCACGCUGUGUCAGUCCUGCGCCGGCGCCGUGCUGAAGGUGCUGAGCGGCCUGCUGGUGGUCCUGUUCAUCUCCUCAUCCUGGGUGGGCACCACGCAGGUGGUCCAGCUCACCUUCCAGUCCUUCUCCUGUCCCUUUUUCGUCACCUGGUUCAGCACCAACUGGAACAUCCUCUUCUUCCCACUCUACUACUCGGGUCACCUGGUCACCACGCGGGAGAAGCAGUCGCCGAUUCAGAAAUUCAGGGAGUGCAGUCGAAUUUUUGGCGAGGAGGGCCUGACCCUCAAGCUCUUUAUAAAGCGCACAGCCCCCUUCUCCAUCCUGUGGACCCUCACCAACUACCUGUACCUGCUGGCCCUGCGCAAGCUGACUGCUACCGAUGUCUCGGCCCUCUACUGUUGCCACAAGGCCUUUGUGUUCCUGCUGUCCUGGAUUGUCCUGAAGGACCGCUUUAUGGGUGUGCGGAUAGUGGCAGCCAUCAUGGCCAUCACGGGCAUCGUCAUGAUGGCAUACGCAGAUGGUUUCCACGGGGACUCUAUCAUAGGCGUGGCUUUGGCUGUGGGCUCGGCGUCCACCUCCGCCCUCUACAAGGUGCUGUUCAAGAUGUUCCUGGGCAGUGGUAAUCUGGGUGAAGCGGCGCACUUCUUCUCCACGCUGGGUUUCUUCAACCUGGUCUUCAUCUCCUGCGUGCCUCUGGUCCUCUACUUCACCAAGGUGGAGCACUGGGGCUCGCUGUCCUCGCUGCCCUGGGGGUACCUGUGUGGGGUGGCGGGCCUCUGGCUGGUAUUCAACAUCCUGGUCAACGUGGGUGUGGUGCUCACCUACCCUAUCCUCAUUUCCAUCGGGACGCUGCUCAGCGUACCUGGCAACGCAGCAGUGGACGUGCUGAAGCACGAGGUGAUCUUCAGUGUGGUGCGCCUGGCGGCCACCUGUAUCAUCUGCUUGGGCUUCCUGCUGCUCCUCCUACCCGAGGAAUGGGACUCGGUGACGCUGCGCUUCCUCGCCGCCUUUGCCGACAAGAAGCCCGAGGAGCACGGCGAGGAGCUGACCGAGUCCAGCGUGCACACGCGCAGUCGGAGCCGCGCCAACGGCACCGUGUCCAUCCCGCUGGCAUGACCCCGCCGCUCACGCCGUCCCGCACCCGUCUACAUGCGACCCGCCGACCUCACGCGUCCGCUCCCCCAAUCCGAUCGGCCUGCGCGGACGCCUUUAGAACGGGGGAACUGAGUGAAGUGCGUCAAGAGCGGCGAAGGUGCCUGUGAGCUGACACGCCACCCCCCUCCAUCUCCUCCACCGACCAGUCCCCUCCAAAGGGAGCUCCGGGUGCGGGAGCUCUAUGGCUCACUUUGCUGGCAGGGAGGCACAAUGCUCCUUUUUUGCCUUUCUGACCGCACCCGAGCCCACCCUUGCACGCCAUUCGCCGUCCGCCCAAGCCUGCGGGCACCCCCGGCCUCCCGGAUCUGCACCUCGGACUGUAUUCUGUGAAUAUAAAUAUCCACAGGGCCAGUAUGGCUCCAUCUUACUGUAUUAACUGAUCACAUCCAUGAAUAUAUCAACAGACUCUUUCGGUUUUCCUUCUUAGUGUUACGUAAGGAAUCAUGGGGUGUGAAAUAAACCAUGCUUAAUAAAACGUUUUUUCUUUUGUAAUAAAAGAAAAAAUUGCUCUCACUUGAAAGUGUGUUUUUUUUUUUUUAAUUUUAUUUUUAAAUUUUGCCAUAGAACCAUAGAAAACACGUCCUCAUGCUCUAAAGCACACGCUGACUGAGAGCAGAGCCAGAAGCAUUAAAUUGCUGGAAUUAGCUUAUUUCCAGAUUUUCUCGAAUACAACUCGUACUUUUUUCCCCAAAAUUCAAGUUUAAAAAUCGGGGUGU